ACAUCUUAAUGACGUGUGUUGUGUUUUGGUGAAAUCCUGCGCUGAACGAGAAACCUGUUAAGGCCCAACGUUAUUUGUGUGUUUGUGUUGUUUUACUCAUUCGCAAUGAACAAAAAUAAGGCCAGUAGCGUGUCGUGGGUGAAACCAGCGGAGCCUUCCUUUCUGAAGAAGUUUAAAAAUGAUGUUGGUUAUAAAGAAGGGCCGACUGUUGAUACUAAGCGUCAGGAGAUGCCGACACUGGAUGAUGACAGCGGGAGUGAUCGGGAGGAUGAGUUACCUCAGGUUGUGGUUCUAAAAGACGGAGAUCUGACCGCAGAGGACGUGAAGAAGAUCAAGGGCGAUAUGCGCUCAGGAGGAGGCGCAGAGAAAGAUGAUGAACCUCCUCCUGAUGGUAAAAUCCUCUUCAAGAAACCAGCCAAGCGCUCCUCCUCAGACAAAUUCCAGGGCAUCACUGCCACCUCCAGCAAGAAGAAGAAGAAGAGUGAUGGGAGAGAGGAGAAGGAGGAGGAGGAGAAGAAGGAGGUGAAGUCCGGAAAGACAGUAAAAAAUAACAGCCUUCUGUCAUUUGGAGGGGACGAGGAGGACGAAGAGGAGGACUAAAUGUUAAAGGUGAAACGUAAGACUGUCAUUACCCCUGUGACAGGGAGGAAUCAAAGUGACAUUUGAAUAUUAACGAUUAUGUGUUUCAUAAUAUUGACAAAUAGUAACAAGGGUGAAAGUUAAAGACUUUGUAUUCUCAAUAGAAACUGUCUGGAAUUCAUCAACAGUGUGCAGCCGGUCCAUUCUGUAGUGUUUUUUUUAAAGGGCAGUGCCAAUAUUUCUGCGCACUUAAGCCCACUGACUACAAAUAGUCUGUUCUUGAUAUGACUGACAACUGUUCCAUUCAUUUUAGUGCAGCAGUGUUGAAAUCAACUUCCAGAUACUCAAUUAGCUUGAAUAAUAAAUCUAUCAGAAUGUACACUGGAUUACCCUUUUUGUUUUUUCAAAGUUUAUUAUGGCUGAACAGGAGAACAGUGAUAAUUGUCAACUCCACCUGGUGCAUUCAAAGACACUCAGACAUCCUGAAAUUCAAAGUCUGCUGAACAGAAACAGCUAGGGCUGAACUUCCUGACCAGUAUUGCAAUUGUGUUAAAAAGUGUGAUCAUACCAAACCUUGUCACAAAUGCAUUCUGUUUCUACAUCAAGAGAAUCAGACAAAAAUGUAUUUUGUAUUUAUUAACAUUAGUUUGCUAUCCUGAUGAUAGCUGCAUACUGUUGUGGUAAAAAAGGGAAAGCAGUAAUAAAAUAAAAUUUAAAAAAAAACAUUUAGCCUUAGGGACAAGAUUUUAUUAACAAGCUGUUUGUAGUCUGAAAAUAAAAUUCCAAAGACAAAGCAUGCAGGGAUGUUGCCUAUAUUCUAAAUGUCAGUGACUCCCAAAUGUCAGGUAAGACUCCAGAGUUGGAUGAGUGCCUGUGAAUGCGUCAACAGUGAGUUUUUCAGACAGGGCCCAGCUCACAGCUUCAAUAUGAUACCAUGCAAACUCAUCUUUGCCAGAAAAAGGUGAAGUAGUGUUCACUUUGUUUACCUACCUCGAACAAGUUUCAAGUCUCUGAAAUUUUUGUGAAGCCCACUGAGACAUUUUUUGAAAUAUUGAGCUGUACCAUAAAAAUUGACUUGAAGUUGAUUUCAAUACUGAAAUGAAUGGACAGCUGUAUAAAAGACUUUGGUCCACAGAAAUUUAGGCAGUUUGUAGUUAAUGGGCUACAAAAUGGAAAACCAUCAGUGUGAGUCUAUGUGUAGUUUGUCCUGUUUCAUCAAACAUCUGGCAAGAGAACAUCAGCAAUACUUAGUGACAAAGUUUAGGGGUAACUGGUAUUUUUCAACCAGGACCCCAUUUUCCCCAUGUUUUGUGUGACCAGUGGGAACAGUAAGUUUUAAAAGUGGUCCUGUAUUAAGCAAAACAAGGUGCAAUGUAAAUGUAAUUGGUAGGUGUAUACUGUCAAGGUACGUCCACUAAGUGCUUUGCCACUGACAGGCUCAGAUUGUUAUAAUAAGUGUCUGACAACAUCAUGGAAGGAUCCCUACAGAGAUAGACCUUUCUGUUUAAGAUCCUUUUUGUUUAACCAGAAAGAGCAUGUCUGUAGGUGUCCUUUCUUUACGUGUGUCAGACACUGACAGUAAUAAUUUGAGCCUGUCAGUGGCAAAACAAGCACUUUUAGUGGACGUACAUUGAUAGUGCACAAAUGUCCAUGGCAGCCUGUUUUGAAAACUGUUGUCUCCAUUAGACAGCAAAGCCUGGCAAAUAGGUUCAAGGUUGAAAAAUACUUGUGUUCGCCUGUAAGAAGUCAGAGUACACAUUUUCCAGAGAUUUCUGCAGUCUAAAACAACCAGAGAAAAGCAGAAGCUGUGCUUUUGCUGUUUGAAGGUGCUCCUCAAAACCUUUGGUGGGCACUCAGCUCCACACAAACUAUGCAAUGUAAUCUCAUAAAUGGAAAUCAAGCAACACCAGGUUCAAAAACUGGGAGAGUGAUUUUUGGUAAUUCAAAUAUUAAAAUUUUUUUGUCUAAUUUUACAGUGACCAGUUGUCACUCACCUGGGUAAUUACAGUUAUUUCUGCAAUUAUUUGCAACAAUUUCCUUUUUGUAAAGGAAUUUUAAAGAAAGAAAUACAAUUUUUUAGGUUUGUCAGAAAAAAGUAAUUACCUUCUGGUUCAGUCCAAACUAAGACAAAUUUUGAUGACAAUUUUUGCCGUGCUUUUGGUGCCUUCCACUUUAGGAAACAACAAAGUAAUCUUCUUCAUCCCAAAAAGAACCUGUUAAGACCACAGUUCCAAGUCAGUCACCUCCUAGUCCCGGUGGCUUCUUGGAACUUGACAUUGCUACAGACUUUCCACCUCCUGACACAGAACAUGGAGUCAGAACACAUUUAAAGACGCUUGUCAUUUGCAGGUUAAACACCUGCAUAUUAAGAUCCUAUUGUUGCUUGUGCUUGAAUCCUCAACAUUAUUUGUAUCUGUCUGUGGUGUUAUCAGAGAUGUAAGUGUGUUUCUUAGUGGUGUGCUCAUUGUAGAGUUUUUAAUACAUUCAACAGUGUGUUGAAUGUAUGAAUAUAUUCUAGCUUCGACAAAGGAGCUGUGACAGUUUAUGUAGAAACCAUGCAUUCUUGUCAAUGCAAUGAUAUGAUUUUUUUUAAAUAUGUGGAUUUGUUUUUGUGUGCAUUUUUAGAGAAUGGUCAUAGCUAUAACAUUUGAAAUAUAAAACAUUAAAUCAACUGCACAACA